AUGACAGUUUCUAACGACACUUCUAUUACUUAUCCUAUCCAACAACAAGCUUCUAUUAUCGCUGGAUUUGGAAGAGGAUCAUCUGAACUUGGAAUCCCCACCGCCAAUAUUCCCAUCAAUACUGAGCUAAAUAAAUUAGAGCCCGGGAUAUAUUAUGGAUGGUGUAAAUUGAUCCCAUUAACAGCACAAUGUGAUGAAAUCAAGAAAAGAGUAGAUGGCAAAGAUGUAUUAUUUAAUCAUGGCAAUGAAUUGACCAACGAAGAAAAAGAUAUUUUCCCCAUGGUGAUGUCAAUAGGUUGGAACCCUUAUUAUCACAACAAAGAUAAAACUGCCGAAGUUCAUAUAAUUCAUAAGUUUCAUGAAAAUUUCUAUGGAUCAAAGAUUGAAUAUGUUGUAUUGGGAUAUAUUCGACCAGAAUUGAACUUUAAUAGUAUAGAUGAAUUAAUCGACACUAUAAAUUCCGAUAUUGAAUAUGCUAAGCUGAAAUUAAAGAGUGAUGAACAAAGUGGUAAAGAAUAUUUUACGAAAUGA